GCCCAACAUCACUGUCCUUUCCCCCGACUGUCUGGUCAUAACGACGUCGAUCUCCUUUCUGUUUUCCCUCCGUUUCCUCUGUGACACUCUUUCCUUGUGUUCUGCAUUUCCGUCUCUUUCUCCACCUUCUCGUUCUCUGUCUUUCGUUGUUGCAUCUUUCUAUUCUAUUCAUGAUCCUUAGCUGAUCGUUGGCUUUGUUCCCUCGUGAUAUCACAGCCCUCUUGUCUUUGUGCGAGAGCAGAGCGUCCUCUGAAUACCAUCUUACUCAUAAUAUUCCUAUUUAUUCAAAGCAAAGACUGGCUCUGAAGAACACAUCCCCAACAUAGCUUCCUCGCGUUACACAUUACGAUGUCCUCCAGUAUCCGUAUAGCAAACCUCUUGCUACUCCUCUUGAUCACUCAUACCGCGCAGGCUGGCCCAGUAGGACGUGCUGAGAGGUUCUUUAGGAGGGAUUGGAACACCACUUCCAGCGCCAUAAAUGUCGACAGUUUUGCUGUAGAAUCAAGCAUCACCUCAGAUCCAACGUAUUUUCUUACCUUUCCCUCCAUCUUUCGAGGCCGACACUUACGCAGACGCAGAGAAGCCGCGUCCUCCGCCGUCUCGGUGACGGCACAAGAGGAACAGGAUGGUGUCACUCCAAGCCCAAUAUUCGUGACCCUCGAUGGCACCACUACCAACACUCCGGACGCAUCACGGCCCGCAAGAACAACACCUCUAGAUAGAAUCCCUUCCACUACACCUGUUCCGUCUACAACGGACUCACAGUCCACCCUGGAAUCCCAGAUUUUGCCCACAACCACGUCAAGGCCGAUGCUCCUCCCUCCCAUUUUCAGCACCAUUUCACUACCUCCGCACCUCACAUCCGGCCUCCAGAACGGGUCGUAUGUGCACCCCGGCAACACCGCAUCGACAUCAACCUCAGUGGGUGCCUCUGAGAGCCUUACUCAAUCCAUCAGCACCCCCCAUACUACUUCACCCCUCUCCACCCCGGUUGAGGGCGUUUCUUCAGUCGCCGCGCCGACAGUCCCGCUGCAGUCAUCCCUGUCUUUCGGCUUCCCCAUCCCGGGAGAGACUACCACGGUGGCAACGGCCAUCUCUGAACAGAUUCCAUCCUCUACACUUGCUCCUGUCCCAUCUAGUACUACAGCCAACAUGGAGGCUUCCUCUCCUGCUUCGUCAACCACCAUCAGCCCUUCGUCAACUACGGUAUCUCCAGUCCGGCCGGCUCCAGCAACAACUUCCUCAGUCCCAGCAACACCCUCCGUCACCAUAACCCUCUCAUCACACUCGUCGGCACUCAAGGUUACAGGGACGCCAAACAACCAAGUGCCCACAAUUCGCACAUCGACCCCUGCCGCCUCGACAACCGUCUCGCCCGAAGUCGCCGCCAACAACCUCGCCUCUGCAAAGACUUUCAACUCUCUCUUCGCUUCUCUCACUGAAAACUCCGCCUGCGCCGCCGGUCAGAUUGCCUGCGUGAAGGGCAACAUUGGCCUCUGCGGCCCCGAUGGCGCCUUUGUGAUCCAGAGCUGCGGAACCGGCACCUCGUGCUUCGCGCUGCCGAUGAACACAACCGAAGGCGUCAUCGUCGGAUGCUACGACCCCAAUGUGGCGAGCGGAAUCUUAGGCACACCGGCAUCUGUCUCUGUACCGAUAUCGUCCACGACUGCGCCCGAAGCCCCUCCAGCGUCGGGGAUCGUGUCGGAGGUGACCACGACCAUCACCCCCACGAUAAUUGCUACCUACACUGUCUCCGUCGGUCCACCUGCUGGUCCGGACACAAGUUUUGCAACAAAAGUCCCAGGAUUCACCACCACUGUCGUUGUCACCAAGACUGUGGAGCCUGCUCCUAUACCCUCAUCCACAACGGCUGAAGAAGAGGGGUCAACUGCGACAUCUACAUCUCGUCGACGUACACUCACUUCGACAGCGGAGGAAAGGACGUUGACUUCAAAGUCCACAAGAGCUGAGUCGACAACAUCAGAACUCACAACGGUAGAGACAACACAGCAAACUUCCCGCUCAACACCGACACCCUCCACGACGUCAGCCAGCAUCUCCACCACCGCAGCAGGAACCGACACCGACACAUUAAUCGUCAGCCCGAUUCCCACUGACGAACCCAACGAACCGGCCGCCGUCGCCCGCGUCACCGUCGUCUUUGGCCCCUCCUCCUCACGGGAGACUAUCGCGGGAGGCACCCCAACGCUCAAGACCGACCCCACAACGUCUGCAAGCCUCCCGCCCGGCAUCGGCGUACCCCAAGGCACGCCCAUCUUGACAGUUUUCGUCACGGUGACACAAAAGGAGCGGGAGACCGUCACGGUAACUUUGACGAAGGAUUGACACCAUCGUCAGAGAAGCGGACUUGCUGACAAGGAGCUUGGAUGUUGAGAAGGUGCUUUUUUUUACUUUAUUUUUUGGCAAAAGUAUCAGUGAACGGCGGGAACAUACGUGUACAAUUCGCCGCCACGAAUGAAAUUGUUUUGGGCCUUGGAAAUCCGCGUUGCUGUGGUUAUGUACCGGAGCACAUGUGUCACAAAGUAAACCAAUCUCAAUGCCGCAGUCUUCAGGGGUUCUUCCAUUGAUGACUAUUGCCGUUCGUUGGAAUAUUUUGAAAGAACGAUUCCCAAGGGUCUUGAUCAUUGAGUUCCAUUUUGUGGGCUACAUAAAUUCGUCACCGCACCUAGUAUGCAGCCUCGCUGGGCAUGUCUUUGCCUCUGUGUGUACGUCUCUACUGUGUCUCUCCCUUCGUCCAGGGGCCGCCAUUUCGUCCGCCUCUACUUCUAUCAGCAAAUGGCCGCCGGUUCCAUUAGUUGCACCAAAGUCCCUUCGUGUUGAAAAGCCUUUUUUGCCCGUCUAGCCCAGUU